GAGCGGAGUGCUGUUGACUGAACGUGGCACUGUGAUGGGCGUGUGACACACCCCCCCACCCCCCACCCCCUAUCUCCUCUCCUCCUCUCCUCUCGCGCGCACUGGCACGGUGGACGCUUGGUGAAAGGAACUGUGUUUGGCGUGAUGGCAGAGAGACUGGCGCGGGCCGCGCUCGCGCGCUCCCUUCUGACAGUCAUCCGCGCGGCGCGAUUGCUGCUCUCGCCGCCGUUUGUUUGGUGAGCCGCUCCAGACCAGACAGACGAUCCGACUCGCGCUCGCUGUCUCGAGACCUCGCUGGUGGAUUUUUACUAUUGCUUUAUUUUUUCCCCCGCUAAGCGCGCGCGCUGUUUAUUAUUAUUAUUAUAUUUUUUUAUCCCCCUUGUUGACCUUGAUUGCCCCCCGCCCCCCCCCCCCCCUCCCAAUGCUGAUGAUGAUGGAGCACAGCGGUAUGGAGGCGCAUCAGGUUGGACGCGACGCCGUGGACCACAGCGAGGCGCGCGCCCGUCCGCGCGCCUGCACCUGGCCACCGCCGCCGCCGUGCCCGGACGGCGGAGGAGGAGGAACGGCGGGAGCAGGAGUAGUGGGAGUUGUCGGGUCGCACGCGAAAGCGCGCCUGAAAGCGGAGCCGCACGACGCGCCCGCGUGCCGCGCCGAGAGGGCCGGCGGGGGCGCGCCGCUCGAGCUCGAGCUCAAGCACCCUGCCGGCGCGCCGGCGCCCGCCUGCCUGUCCGCCGCGCUCGACGUGGCCGGCCAGCUGCGCAAAGCCAAGUCGUCGCGGCGGAACGCGUGGGGCAACCAGUCGUACGCGGACCUGAUCACGCGCGCCAUCGAGAGCACGCCCGACAAGCGGCUCACGCUCUCGCAGAUCUACGACUGGAUGGUGCGCUUCGUGCCCUAUUUCAAGGAUAAAGGGGACAGCAACAGCUCGGCCGGCUGGAAGAACUCCAUUCGCCAUAACCUGUCCCUGCACACUAGGUUCAUCCGUGUGCAGAAUGAGGGAACGGGCAAGAGUUCCUGGUGGAUGCUGAACCCAGAAGGUGGGAAGAUGGGCAAAGGCCCACGCCGGCGAGCCGCCUCCAUGGACAACGGCACCAAGUACCUGAAGAGCCGAGGUCGUAUCAGUCGCAAGAGAGCUGGGGGGUUGGGCCGAGGGCUUGGCGCUGGGCCAGGGAUACAGGGAUCCCCGGAGCAUGGUAGCCCAGCUGGGAAGGGGGGCUUGGGGGUUGGGAGCGAGGAGUUUGAUGCCUGGACAGACCUCCACUCCAGAACCAGCUCUUCUGCAUCCACGCUGAGUGGCUGUCUGUCACCUAUCCUGGCUGAAGCAGAGCCAGAUGAACCAGAAGAGGGAGGGCUGUCAUGUUCGGCUUCCCCGCACCUCUAUCCAAGCCCCACCAGUACCAGAUCACCUGCCCUGGGCACUGGGGGACACUGUCCUUCCGUGGAGCUCCCCCAGUUGGCAGAUCUCACAGGAGCCAUCAGCUUGGAAGAGGGCUUCUCUCAGCCACCACAGCUCAAAUGCAAUGGGUACCAUUAUGGCCCAGGACCCAAAGGGGAGACCUCCUACUGUGGGACUGUCUACGGUCAGGCUUCAAUGGGCAUGCUGAGGCACCAUGCCCCUAUGCAGACCAUCCAGGAAAACAAGCCAACCAGCUUCCAGCACUCUCUAAGGGCUUACUCAGAGAACAACGCUCUGGAGAGCCUGUUAGCUGGUGGGCCACAGUUCUGUGGGAAGGACAUAGUGGUGGGGCAAGGAGGGACAUCCCAUUCUCUAAUGUCACAGUCUAACAGUGCCGUACAUUCUCACGGCCACAAUCAGAACCGCGGUCACAAUCACAGCCAGAAUCCGAAUCCCAAUCCCAAUCAAGGCCUUCACAAUGACCAUGAGCAGAACUCAAGCCUCCAUCACAACCACAGUUCCAGCAAGCACCACCCAAGUCUCGACUACAACCACGGAGCCAAGCAUCAUCCCAGACAUGACUAUGGCCAACCUCACGAGCACAACCAUAAGCUUGACCCCAGCCCGAAUGCAAACCACAUGCACAGCCAUAUGCAGCACAGACAGUCGUCUCUCUCUCCCAGGGUCAACAGUGAUAUGCUGCAACCCUACAAUCACAAAUCCUCCAAUCUUUAUGGCCCUCGUGCCCACCUACCGUCCACUUCCCUGCCCCCUAAUCCUGCCAGCGUCAUAGAUGUGCCCCAGGACCCCUGUCACCUGGCCUCUGCGCCUCAACCCCGCCACCAGCUUUACCCAGGCGCUCAUCACCACCAGGGCAUGACGGAACCUUGGCAAGGGUACUACCACCACCCUUCCCAGAAUUCGACUUAUCACAGCAGCCAGCAAACUGGCCACCACCAGCCGCCCGUGAGCCGACUCCAGCAGCCAGAGAUGGAGAUGGAUGUCCAUCAUGGCAGUCUGGACUGUGAUGUGGAAUCUAUUCUCCUCAACGACUUCAUGGGCUCUACCGAGGGAAUGGACUACAACUACGACGGAUCGCUUUCGCAGGGUGUGGGCAUGGGGAUUGGCCUGGGCAUGGGUAUGGGGGUUUUCGCAGGACCCCCACAGUCACAUAACAGCCAGAGCUGGGUGCCUGGGUAAAGUUACUGUGUCUAAAAGGGGGGGGGGGGUUGGGGGGUAGAGACACUAACGAGAAAACUUCACCCAUAGAGCCUUGCAAGAGGGUGCUGAUCAGGUCGGGACUGAUAUGACUGUGAUUUUCCUUUGCUCAGAGAGACAAACGGGACAAAAAAACGUCGUUUUAAGGACGUACAGUUGAUGGUGUCAGUGCAGUCAUUUUGGACGUAGAUUUCCCUCCCCUCUCCCCCUCUUUGUGUUUCUCUGCUGUGGAUUAGUGUAAUGGCGUCCCUUCAAAUCCAGUGCUGUCCUCUCCCCCUGUCCUUCAGUUUGUUCUCUAUCCAUCACCUUCAUCUCCCUCUGGUCAAAAAGCUCUCAAGCACUUUACAUCCAUCUCCAUUCAUUCAGAUGCAGUAUCGGCCACCCUGCAACCUGGGGGGAAUCGAAUUGUCCGCUGGCCUGGGUUUAAUGUAUGCAAACGACUCUGUUAUCCUUCCAGAACAAAAAAAAAUAGCAUUGAUGUUGUUUUUUUUUCCUUUCUAACGAAUACAGGAUGAAAAAGUAAAUAUCUGUGCUGUCAGGCAGUGUUGUGUUCAUGUUGGUCAGGAAUGUGUUGGAGACUUUGAGAGUGUAUGCGAGUGCGAGUGCGUGUUUCAGUGUCGCUUGGGUCAGUGUACAUUCGUCUACCCAUGGAGGUCCGCUGGACGUCCCUUUCUCGCGGGCUAGGACAGUCAUCCAUCAGACACACUCUAUUGCUAUUCAGCAUCUCCUGUUUAAUCUCCAAAGUAAUGCACCAGCUAUGCAUCACUUCCGCAAAUCGAAUGUGGCAUGAAGGGCGCACGUUUUUUUUUUCCCCCUUUACCCAGACACGCCAGUUUAAUGUGUUUUGGCUAAAGUGAUGAUUAAAGUCACUCUGCAGCAAAUGGGGAGAUGACGACGGUGAGCGGGGAGGGAGAGAGAGAGCGGGAGGAGAGGGAGAGAGAGGUAGAGCAUAAUGCAAAUAUUCCCACCGUGGCCCUUUCUCUGCGUUCUGUGGAUUUAUGUAGCUUUCCCUGUAAUAAGAUAAGGAACGAUCCGAGACUAGCACGCUUCCUGAGCGAGGGAGGCCGACCGCACUGUGGCAACCUCGGGAGCUCAACCUUCCCAGUUCGGCUACAUUAGCAUAUUGCAUUAUCAUUAGACUAUGCAGUGUUACUUUAGAUAAUCAAUGCUGAUUGAUCAAUCCUGAAGCCUCGUUAGCCCUCAUUAACUGUGCACUAUCAAUCCUAAUUUAAUACAAGAGCUGGAAUUUGGGGAAUAGAACCUUAAUGGCUUAAUGUUGUACCAGUGUAAUAAAGUAAUUUGGGUGAAGCUAGCAUUGCCAAAAGACGACGCGACUCAUCCAGGCCGGCUUCGGAGAGCAGCUACGUCGUGCCGCCUUCAAAGUUUACACUAGUGAAUUGCACGCUGAUUAGCACAAUCAGCAGAUAGAAAACGGGUGCUAUCUCCCUUUCGCAGGCUCCGCUUCUAUCAUAUCCUCUUCAUCCGGUGAUUACGCUGGCGGGGAGAUAGAAGUAAUUAAGUGCCCACCAAGAGUGAUGAUUUGUGUUUAUUUUCGCUUUAUUUUCGUCUUCGAGAUGCAACACAACACUGAUGCGGAUGCACGCUCGAAUCAUGCUCAUCCAGUGAGACCUCCAAGCGUCGGGAUCCGGCCACUGUAUGUCCAAAAGCUUGUAGACACCUGCUCGUCUUCUGGAUCAUCCCAAAGGUAUUCCAGAAAAAGCAGGUCCACUGUUCCACAGCCCAACGCUGGGGGGCUUUACACCCCUCUUGCCCACCUUCGGCGACCCCAGGCUCAGGUGUGGCUGCUCCAAAGCAUCCCAUUCUAUCUGCAAUGCUUUCCUAUGGAGACCAUAGGAGCUACAUGCGUCCAAUUGAGCACCUUUUGCGACCCUAAAAUUGCUGAAAUCCCAUUAGAAGGGGCUACUGUUGGACAUAUAGCGCAGCUUUUCUUCUCUUUCAUCUUUUUUUUCUUAUGGAUGUUCUGUAAUGGUGUGAUUUUCAGGUGGAAAAAAAAAAAGAACAAAUAAAAAGGCAGUCGUUUUUCCCCUUUGCCUACCCCCAACCACCCCCCCCCCCCCUUCAUUCUGUUUGGACGCUGGCCCCUCCUGAUCCAGUCCAAUUCUGAUAUGAGGCAAAAAGUAGAUGGAGAGAGGGCGAGAGAGAGAAAAAAGAGGGACGAGCGGAGCGGAGAUUGAUCGAUAGGCUGACAGAGAGAGGCGGAUUGGAAAGUGAAUGAGUUGAAAAGGAGAGCAAUAGGUUGCCAGUGAGGGAAAAAAUGAGCUCGGAUAGAGAGCGAGAUAGAGAGAAAGAGAGAGAGAGAGAGAGAGAGAGAGAGAGAGAGAGAGAGAGAGAGAGAGAGAGGGAAGAGAGCGAGAGUCUUUUCCAUCAGAGCAGAGCAGAGCAAAGCUGUUUGAAUCAGGCCAAAUGUCAAGUGCCUCUCUGCAGCUCUCCGAUCAGAUAGCCACCUAUUUCUCUCUCUCUCUCUGUCGCUUUCUCUGUGUCUCUCGCCCUCUUUUUCUCUACCAUCCAGGACAAUGAAGUCUAUCUACAUCUGCCUUCUCUCUUUCAUGCCCCUUCUUUAUGUUUCUCUGUGAUUUGGUCCCUGGCCCCUUGUCUGCUUCUGUGUUGAGCUUUGUGUGGGUGUGUGUGUGUGUGUGUAUGGGAGCGUGUGUGUAUGGGAGCGUGUGUGUGUGUGUGUGUGUGUGUGUGUGUGUGGCACAGUGAUGUAUCUGAAAUGACUAUGGAAAUCCAUUCAGAUCGUACCCUGGUUAUCCACUAUGCCUGGCUAACAACAGUAUGAUUAAACCAUUUAUAUUUAUUGGAUAUAAAAGAUGGGUCUGCUGUGGGCGAAUCCUCGGACCCCUGUCGUCUUUAUUACGGAAUCACGAUGCUAUUACAUUCUACCUGUUUCAUUCUGUACAAAGAUCUGUAUGGAGAUAAAUUGGAUAAUAAUUUUUGACGAGCAAAUAUCAGUUUUAUUUCUUUUUUUAAAUGAUGUAUCUGCUCAUCUGGUGACUGUAAAAUAAAACAAA